GAAAGUUCUUGCCCCUGAGCAAUUGCACGAUUCCAAGCGGAACCGCCCCAGAUGAGCCGCAAAGCUAAAGAAAGGAAGAGGGAGAGACAGGCGCCCACUUCCGUCGGCCAGCGGCCGAGAAAACUUCCGUACCGCUUCGCGACGUGGCGGGCAACAUGCAGCACCGGCGUCCACGCCCGUCCACGUACCCCGCCCCGCGCCAAACCCACAGCCCACGCAGCCACGCCGACCCGAUGUAGCUCGGCGACCAAGAGCGCACUCAAUACCGCCCAUGCCACGCCCUCCCAACCCAACGGCGCGUCCGUCCAUCCCGCCUCGCACGCGGCGACCUAUAAAGCCGCGCGCCACACACCCCGCCGCUGCCACCUCAAAGCACGGUUAAUUGAGCGAGGGGGACAGGCAGGCAUGGUGAGCCGUGAGCACCACCACGACUACGAGCACCUUGUGCUCGACUCCGCGGCGCUGGGCGUGUCCUGGGCCGAUCCGGCGGCGGUGGAGAUCCCGCCGCAGCUCUUCGCGGCGCUGGGGGAGUACCUCUCCGCCGGGCACGGCUACGGGGACGCCGAGGCCGAGGACGAGGCGGACGACGAGUUCAUGAUGUACGAGUUCAAGGUGCGGCGCUGCGCGCGGGCGCGGAGCCACGACUGGACGGCGUGCCCCUACGCGCACCCGGGCGAGGCCGCGCGGCGGCGGGACCCGCGGCGCGUGGCGUACACGGGCGAGCCGUGCCCGGACUUCCGGCGCCGGCCGGGCGCCGCGUGCCCGCAGGGGAACAAGUGCCCGUUCGCGCAUGGCACGUUCGAGCUGUGGCUCCACCCGUUGCGGUACCGCACGCGCCCGUGCCGCACGGGCACGGCCUGCCGCCGCCACGUCUGCUUCUUCGCUCACACGGCGGGUGAGCUCCGGGCCGCGCCCAAGGGGGACUCGCCGCUGUCGCUCUCGCCCAAGUCGACGCUGGCGUCUCUCUGGGAGUCGCCGCCGGUGUCGCCGGUGGAGGAACGACAGAGUUGGGUCGACCCCAUCGAUGAGUCGGACGCGGAUGCGGAGAUGGAAGAGUUUAUGCUCGCAAUGCGGGAGCUCAGCAUCAGGAAGGCCUCGGCGUCGUCGGCGCCGGUAGCGCCGGUGCUGCCUCCUGUCACCGAGGACGACGGGCCGGACUUCGGGUGGGUGUCGGAGCUGGUGAUGUAGCCAGCGCCUUCCAAGCCCAAGACGCCAUCUCGUUCGCCGACGGCAAAAAAGGCGCCUCUCGCGCCAUUCGGGACAGCUUCAUUAAGCAACCUUAAUUCUAGCAUUUUCGUAAAUUGCAUCAUUCUUCUGUGGAUGAACAAAAUAUGGUGCAAGCCUGAAUACAGCAAUAUUCUGCAAGUGUGGCGUGUGUUCCCCGUGUUUUUUUUUUUGGGUCUAAAAUCAUGGGCGUAAUAUGUUAUUAGCCAUGGUAUCCGAUUACCAUUCAAUGUAGAUACAAGUGUAAUAGGCUGAAAGCCUUCGGUGUUUCGUGAUGCAUCACGGUUUGGUGUACUUUGUACGUGCUUAAUAUGUUCAGCCAUAAAGUGAUCCACUGCA